AUGAAUCGAUCUUAUUCAACUUCAUUAACAACAGCCUCUCUCAUAUCAGACGAUGGUAUCCCGAAAGAUACAGUUGACUCGAUUCGUUUUAUCAAACGUAGUCACCGUAUGUCUGCACCAACAAUCGAUUGGGAUAUAGAAAAUACAUUAGUUUCACCGAAUGAUAUUGACAUUGAUGCUUUAGAUGCCGAAUUUAAUCGUCUUUCAAUGGACUUUAAAAAUAAAAUAAUUGAAUUACGUAAAGACCCGAAUAAUAUAUCUUUACAUCAUACACUUACAUCGACUAAAGAAGCAUUGAUACGUAUACAAACUUGGUCAUCAUUAUUAAAUACAGUUGAUGGCUUGGCUGUUGUCAAGAAAAAUAUUGCCGAUCAACGUUCAAAAGAACUUAUUCAACGAAAAUAUGAAAUUGACGAAAUACUUAAAGUUUCGAAAGUGCAAUCAGCGGUUGACUUAUGUUUUCUAAUGGAUUGUACAGGAAGUAUGAGGAAAUAUGUUGAUGCAACUAAAACUCAAAUUCAUCAACUUACAGAAACGAUUUUGAAAUUAUAUUCUAUUAAGCCUCAUCUUGCCUUUGUUGGAUAUCGAGAUAUAAAUGAAAGUUUGGAAAUACUUGAUUUUACGAAUGAUGAAAAUAUAUUUCGAGAGUAUCUUCAUCAAGUACAAGCAAAAGGUGGCGAUGAUACAUGUGAAGAUGUAUUUAGUGGAUUGGAAUCAGUUGCCCAACUUUCAUGGUCGAAUCCAAAUCGUUUAUUAGUUCAUAUUUGUGAUGCACCGUGUCAUGGACAACACUAUCAUGAAUUUCAAGGAACAGAAAAUGAUACUUAUCUUAAAGGUGAUCCACAGAAUCGUGAAUUGUCAAAGUUAAUGCUAAAUAUCAAGCGACUAGGUAUAACGUACAGCAAUAUUCAAUUAAAUGAAAGUACAAAGAAAAUGUUUGAAGAAUUUUCUUUUAUAUUUGGAUCAAUAUGUGAACUUCAUGUAAGCGAUCCAACAUGUCUAAUCAAACGUAUCAUUGAAAAAACAAGUGCUCUUAUUGAGACUAGUAUUAAAGCAACCAUAUCAUCUUAUCAUAAUCGAAAUAAAUCAAUUAAGCUCUAUAUGCUUUUUAGUAAAGAACCUAAUUGGAAUGAAUUGGAAAUACAUGACGUUAAUAUUACUGAAAUCAUUUCACCACACGCAAUAGAUGAUCUUUUUCAUCCUUUAUUAUUAAGUAAAACAACUGGCCAAAUAAAAAUUGCACCACAUCCAUUUGCUAAAGGAUCACUUCGUUUUGCUUUUUAUGGUCAAUAUUCUAGUGAUAAUUCUCCUUUUGUCGAUGUUGUUUUUAAAGAACUUGCUAGUACAGAUACGAAAGCUAACACAUUUAUUGUCUAUCAAGAACAUCUUGAAAUACAAGCGAUUGCUCAAUUCUUAGCUGAGCAAUUUAAUGCUGAACAACAACGUAUUUUUCGAAAUUUCAUACCAAUUGCAUAUGCCGAUGCUGAUCUCAUUCAACAGCAAGUAGACCCGUCGAAAAUCUAUCAAGUCGAACGACGCAUGCAUCACGAAUGGCAUAAAUGGAAUAAUAAUAGUGGCGGAGUAUCUCUAAAUGAAUAUUCAACAGUCUUACAAGCGUUCUCGCAUUGGACAUAUUAUAAAACUUCGGGUCGUCUUAUGGUUGUCGAUCUACAAGGUGUUAAAGUAGAUCGUGCAUACUUACUGACUGAUCCAGCAUUGCAUUGCAGUGAUUUAUUACGUUUUCGAGAAACACGAACUAAUCUUGGUCCAAAAGGUAUGCGUCAAUUUUUUCGUACACAUGUAUGUAGUGAUGUAUGUACUAAGUUAAAUCUGCCUAUUGUAAACAUGGAAUCAAAUUUUAAUUUAUCGAGUCGUUCUGAUUCACUAGUAUGUAAUGCGACCACAAAAACAAGUGACGAUUUAAAUUUAAAAACAACAGAAGAAAAUGAUUUUGAAACAAUCAAUAAAAAUCAAUUGGAAACAAUAGAAAAGUUUGAAUUGUGUUAA